UUGUUUUAGAAUUUAGAUCUCGCUUCUGGAUCCCUUCUGAACCUGUUCGGAUCGAUCCUUUUCUGGAGAUUUGCCUUCCGUUCUGCUUUUGGCUCCGGUUACAACCAUAGUGGCGUUUACGUUUGCCCGUUGGAGUUGGGUUUGAUGUGGUGAUUUUUCUUUCCGCCGUUGGUGGACUAGCCCGCGCAUCUCUACAAUCCUUACUCUGCGUCGAUGGCGAUCCAGCAACAGGAGGUUAAGCUCUUUAAUCGCUGGUCGUUCGACGAAGUCGAGGUCAGUGACAUGUCUCUUGCUGAUUACAUCGCUGUGACUCCUCCAAAACAUGCUACAUACCUUCCUCAUACUGCUGGAAGAUAUUCUGCUAAGAGGUUCCGCAAGGUUCAGUGCCCAAUUAUUAAAAGACUUACCAAUUCUUUGAUGAUGCAUGGCCGGAACAAUGGAAAGAAGCUUAUGGCUGUCUGCAUAAUUAAACAUGCUAUGGAAAUUAUUCAUUUGCUUACUGAUGCAAAUCCAAUCCAAAUUGUGGUUGAUGCGAUCAUUAACAGAGGGAGCACGCCGUGCUCAUGCAAGCCCAGAGGAAGUUUCAGAUCGCCCACUACGGGAGGACUCCGGCCAAGAUCUAGGAGUUGGCGGGUUCUAUUGAGUGUCCCAGCAUUGCCAUGA